AUGGCAGCUAGAUCAACUAUACGACCUCUGCUGCAUGCAGCUCAACCGCGAUUCCUAUUUUCAACAUCCACCCGAUGUCUAUCCAACACCACCCGAAGAACAGACUCUCCUGGUCGAGCCCAGCCUACGGAUAAUGUCAAAACCACACAUUUUGGAUUCGAAACAGUCGCAGAAGCAGAUAAGGAAGCUAGAGUGGCGGGAGUCUUCAGCAAUGUAGCAGCCUCGUACGACACGAUGAACGACUUUAUGUCUCUCGGUAUCCAUCGAUUAUGGAAAGACUAUUUCGUCCGCUCCCUUAACCCAGGCUCAUCCUCCAGUAGCUCCUCUCCCUCCCCUGGCUGGACUAUGCUCGACAUCGCCGGCGGCACGGGCGACAUCGCAUUUCGCCUUCUCGACCACGCCACUCACAUCAACAACUCGCCGCAAUCAACCAUCACCAUCUCGGACAUCAACCCGGCCAUGCUUGCUGAAGGCAAGAAACGCUCCCUGCAGACCGCCUACGCUAACUCCCCACGCCUCUCCUGGCUCGUUGCCAACGCCGAGACCCUUUCAUCCGUGGAAAGUAACAGCAUAGACCUUUACACCGUCGCCUUCGGCAUACGGAAUUUUACUGACAAGGACAAGGCGCUGAGGGAGGCGUAUAGGGUGUUGAAGCCCGGAGGCGUGUUUGCGUGCUUGGAGUUCAGCGGGGUGACGAACCCGGUGUUUGAUGCCGUGUAUAAGAGGUGGAGUUUUGGUGCUAUUCCCUUGAUUGGGCAGUUGGUGGCGGGGGAUAGGGCCAGCUAUCAGUAUUUGGUAGAGAGUAUCGAGAAGUUCCCGAAGCAGGAGGAAUUCAGGGAUAUGAUCAAGAGAGCGGGCUUUGUUGUGCCUGGAAAGGGGUGGGAGGAUCUCACUGGAGGGAUUGCAGCGAUUCACAAGGGGAUCAAGCCGGUUGCGAAGCUGUAA